AUGGCUGCCAUUACCACAUUCUCCGCUCUCUCCAUCCCCAUCUCUCCUCCUCCUACGUCGUCUCCUCUACUCAACUCCCCUCCCUGUCUCUCCAGAUUCUCAAACUUGUCUCCGUUUCCCUCACUCUCCACCUCUCGCCGGAGAAAGAUUCUAACGUGCUCUUCUUUUAGAGAAGGAGAUGAAACGGUUGAAGAAGAAACCAGAGGUGGUGGUGAGGAGAGUAAAGAGACUCUGAUGUUAUCAGUCUCUCCUCUGCCUCUCCUCCUCGUUGCUUCUCUCCCUGGAGCUGGAACUGUAAGAUCUGUUAUUGGACCCUUUGUGGAGAUUGUGAAGUCAUUGGAUCUACCUGAUUGGCUUGUGCACUGGGGUCAUCCUGGGAACAUGGCAGUGGUUCUUUUUGCUAUGGGUGGAUAUGGAACAUACUUAGGCUUCAGGAUUCGUUAUUCAGAUGACAUUGAGGAGAAGGCAAAGGCGAAAGACCUGCAUCCGAAGCUUCUAGCAGGAAUGUUUUUCUUCUUCGCCCUUGGAGCCACUGGUGGUAUCACAUCCCUCCUUACUUCAGACAAACCCAUCUUCGAAAGCCCACACGCUGUCACAGGAUUCAUAGGUCUUGCUCUCUUGACGAUUCAAACAGUCUUACCAACAUUGUUCAAGGACAAGCCUGAGCUGAGGGGAGUUCAUGGGAUCCUGGGGAGUGGGAUAAUGGCGCUUUUUCUAGUCCAUGCUGCUUUUGGACUUCAGCUCGGUCUCAGUUACUGA